UCCCUCUCGUCUUCUUCAUCAACUCCAAAACCUAGCGAGCCAGGCUUCUUGUCCAGUACUGCAAGUGCAAAUUCAGUUUUUCCUACACUGUGUUGCCGUUGGAGAAUGGAUCAGAAAACACUGGAAGAAGGUGGACAAAACGCUUUGAAUUUUAAGUGUGUGAAGAUCCUUCAUGGAGCUGAUAAAUCUAUUGCUUGUCAGACUCCAAAGAAGACUGGUGAGCCCUUACCUACCAAAUCCAAGGAGGGAUCCACCAAGCUUCCAGAAACACACAAGGCUCUAGCAGAGUUAUUUGACCAUAUGAGUUGUUCAUUGAGGUUGCUUCGACUGUGUAAAAAAUCUGCUACCUUCCAAAAUAUUUGUUCCCAAGUUGAAGUUCUUGCUGCAAGAAAAGUCUCGUACACGGAUCUUGCGCAGAUAAAGUAUAUACUUCCUGAAGCCAUACACAUAGAGAAGGUGUUAGUACACGACAACAGAAGCUCGUGUAUGAAGCCUGAUUUGAAGAUUACCUUGGUUUAUGAGGCUGUGCUUGGACACUCGAGUGAAAAUACUUACAUGGCUCUCCGGCAACUUUUUAGUGCAAAGCUACUUGAGUUCUUCAAUACUCAUCCAGAGAAUACUGAUAUUCCCGAGGCUAAACUACCAGAACCUUUCCAACAAAGAACUCAUAGCUUGAUUUGUGAGGAUUUUCCUGUAGAUCCUUCAACAGUACUCUCAUCACCAACUUCUGAUCAAAAUCAACAGCUACAAGAAUGUCAGCCAUAUCCUUUUAAAAGGCAUUUCUCAAAGAAUAAUGUUGUGGCAGAGACAGAAAAUAAUGUAGCAAGUCAAAUUUCUCAGUUACAUCAUUUAUCUGAUUGCGUGGAUAAUGAAGGAGGUGAAGGGGACCGUAAAGGGCAGAACAAGUGUACUACUUCAUGUUUGAAAUCUGAGAGCACUAAUAAUCAGGAUAUGGAAAAAGGACAGCAGAAUGAAUCAUGUUCUAUGGGAUUCCUAUGUAGUGUUUUUAAUACACCAGCACGUCUGAUUUGCUCUCCACAGUCUAUUACCCAUGGUAGUUCCGAAAGCUCUUAUCUCAAGAUUGCCUCAUCCACAGAUAUCGUAGUCACAGAGACGCCUGCUCAGUCAACACCUAGAAGAUUGGUGCCCAAUUCUGAUGUUAAACUCAAGAUUAUGAUCACCCAGAAUUCAAUUUCAUGCACUAAGCAAGUAAAAAGAGUUCUCUUUUCUCAAGAAGGUGACUAUGAUGCUGACAAAUUAGAAUCAAGUAGAGAUGCUUUCGACAACAUUCCUGAAGUUAGUCAAGGAUGCACCGAGGAUUUUAAUAUUUCAUGCACCAAGCAAGUAAAAAGAGUUCUUUUUUUGCAAGAAGGUGAUUAUGUUGCUGACAAAUUAGAAUCAAGCAGAGAUGCUUUCGACAACAUUCCUGAAGCUAGUCAAGGAUGCACCGAGGAUUUUAAUAUUUCUAAUUCUGUUGUUCUAUCCCAGAAGGUGGCACCUCGCCUUGAUAUUUCCCAUGAAAAUACGAAUCAGACUCAAGGUGGUUCAACAACGUGGCAGCAGAUUCCUUCACCGUUGCUUGGCCUUUUUGAUGUGAUAUAUUCUAUAUUUUGUGCUGUCAAAUUCUCUCCAAUCACGAAAGAGGAGCUCCUGCACAAGAUAAUAAUGAAUAGUUUAGAUUUUGUUGAGAUGAGAGAAGCUGAAGAACAGAUUAAUUUUCUUGAAAAGGUAGUGCCAGAUUGGAUCUAUAGGAAGUUGGGCCCUAGUGGAGGUAUUAUGUACUGUAUUAAGGAGGUAUCAGAUUUGGAGUCUGUUCGUUCAAGGCUAUCUAGCAAUAGUAUCAAGGCCUAGCGACUAGCGUGUGAAGGCUUCUGUUGGCUUAUGGUCUCGAGUGCAAAAUUGUCGCGUUCCUGGACUUCUGCAAAGAGUUACAACAGAUUAAGAAUUAUUGCUCUUAUUUAGGUAAAAAGAGGUUGUGAAAGAAUUUGAAUGGGAGAAUGAAAUUUCAGAAGCCAUUCAAGGCAUUUGCCCGUAAAACAAUUUCAGUUUUUGGAAUAGAAUUAUACAAGAUCA